CACCGUUUGAUGAUUGGUCGCCGUUUCUUUUUCCACCCUACUGUAAUAGACCUGGAAAAUUGUUAUACUUGGCACUGUUUCCUACAUUCAAUAUGCGCUUACAAAUCAAAUAGAUUCAACAAAGAGUCUUGGAUUCAUCAACAUUAGAGAAUGGACGGUGCUGAGUCGGUGAGAUCAGGUCGUAGUGAGCGCUCAGAUCGAUCACAUCGUAGUCAUGGCAGCAGCCAUCACAGCCGCCACCACCGUCACACGCGCCCACAUGGCUCUUCCAAUCACAGUCAGCGGGGGUCGCAGCGGGGAACGGAUACGGGACGACCGCUCAGUCACCAUACAGCCACCUGGUGGCAAUGGGUCUGAUGUGGACAGUCGCGUGGCGGAGAGUGAAAAAAUUGAGGUGCAGAUUUUGCCCCAGGAUGAUAAUUGGGGCGAUAACACGACUGCUUAUACUGGGAACACAAGUGAGACUGGAUUUUCGAUGGACGAUAUGCGAAGGUUUGCAAAGGAAUCAUUUGAUGACGAUUCUUCUAGUGGCAUUGACUGCUGUAGGUAUAUUACUACAGGAUUCGCGGGACUUAUCAGUUUGAUGGCUUUUUUUUCCCCGGUGGCCAUGGUGGUUUUGCCUAAGUUGAAAAUCAGUGGAUGGUCGACAGGAAUGUGUGGCGUAGAAUGUGAAGGACUGCUUAUCAGUAUGGCCUUCAAAUUGCUUAUUCUCCUCAUAGGGACUGUGGCCUUGUUUUUUCAUCGUCCGAGGGCCACCAUGCCCCGGGUGUUUGUGUUUCGAGUGGUAGUCCUCUUCCUCGUAUUUAUACUUACAUUUGCCUUUUGGCUGUUCUAUGGCGUGAAAAUCAUGCAAGAGCAGGAGGAAAACUAUUAUCAUAUAGUGCAGUUUGCUGUCCACCAAGUGGACGCGUUGCUCUUCAUCCAUUACAUCGCUAUUAUUCUCCUCAUCAUUCGCCAGCUCCAACCUCAGUACGUGCUCCACGUGGUGAGAUCUCCAGAUGGUGAAAGCCACACGUACACUCUUGGUAACCUUAGCAUUCAGCGCGCUGCAGUGUGGAUCCUUGAACAGUACUAUAAAGACUUUCAGGUGUACAACCCCUACUUGGAAAACGUGAUGAAAAAAAAUGCUAUGAAAAUGAGUGGUCUGAAAUUUUAUGACGUCGAUGGUGGGCAGCAAACAAAUAACAAUGCGCGAUCCCGUGCUAUGUUUACAGCCGCAGCACGACGCAGGGAUGCCAGCCAUAAUGACAGAUUCUAUGAAGAGCAAGAUUACGAACGAAGGGUGAGAAAGCGUAGGGCACGACUUCUCACUGCGGCAGAAGAGGCGUUUACACACAUCAAGCGAAUGCAGGAAGAAACAGGUCCAGCAGUGCCAAUGGAUCCUCAGGAAGCAGCCCAAGCCGUGUUCCCAUCAAUGGCUCGACCACUCCAGAAGUACCUGCGUGUUACCCGACAACAGCCCCGCUACACGAUGGAAUCUGUGCUACAGCACCUGGCGACAUGCAUCAGUCACGACAUGAGCGCUAAGUCGUUCGUAGAGCGCUACAUGUAUCAGGGAGUGGUCAUAAUGAACGCAAAGGAUUACAGGGACACUCAGAAUUGGGUGCUUGUGUGCGACCAGUUGCUUACGAGGGAAAUUGAGCAUAACUUUGUGUUUCAGUUGAGACAGAAUGAUGUGUCCUUGCUGUGUUCUGUGCGAAAGUUGCCACACUUUAACCUGACUGAGGAGGUGAUAGAUCCAAAGUCGAAUAAAUUUGUUCUCAAGUUGAGUUCAGAGACAUCUGUAUAGCGAUGUUGGGAGUAGCAAGCAUAAUACCAGUAACCUAUUGUAGUGUGGUUGUGUACAGUUAUAUCGUUUGAUGUAUAUAUACAGGUACAUGUUUUAUAUUAAUUGGUUUAUCAUCUUUGAAUUCAAACUGAAAAAUAAUGAGGAAUGAUGCACAAUAUUUGUUUUUGUACUUAUCUGUAUAGAUGUUUCUUAGAUGCCAGUUAUAUAUGGUGAAAGAUAAGAAAGUCAAGUGAAUAUGUUUUGCAUUAUGUGUUUUAUUUGGUUGUGUUGUAAUUUCAUGUAAUGAUAUUUGUGAACCAGUUGUGAUUUUUCAGUAAAAUUUUGCAUAGUGCAGCACCUUCUUUCCUUGAAUAUGAUAAAGUUUCUCUGGGGCAGCCAGCAUAAUGUUUCCAAGUAUUGAGUGCAUACAUCAAUAUGUGAGGAAGUAUAUGUGCAACCUCCCCUGUGUGAAUUAAAUGUGUAUACAUGUAGGGUAAAAGGAUCCAUGCAGAAUAAUGACCCUUGUCUCACUUUUUAACAGUUCUGGUUGAUGAAUGUUUUGUAGAAGCAAAUAAAGGACUCCUGCUUCAUUAAAUUCAGUUUUGUCCAGAUAAAUUGUAUGGUUAUUAUGUUUUUAAAGAGCAUUUUCUAAUGAUAAGCAUUAUGAAAUCAACCCAUUAAAGUAAUAGAUGUUUUUACAUGACAAAAAAUUUCCUUGUGAAAGAAAUACACAACUGUCCUACCCCUGGCUGAUAAAGCUGAAAAGUGUUCAGGUUACAUUAAUGUAAUAAAUGUAUAAUUGUUGAUUUGAAGUCAAUUUUAUAACAAAAAAUCAAUUAAAGUUAUUCCUCAUCGUAAUCGAUGUAAUCCUGAAAAGAAAUAAUUUUAUGGGCUUAUUGGAAAUUGUGUUCAUUAAUGUGUUUUAAAUGGCCAAAUUAUCAGAAGUUUUCUUCCUUCAACACACAUAGGCAUUCUGAUUGGAAAAAAAAUCAGCACAAAAGGACACAGUGUGAAUUGAUCAUAAAUUGGUUAUGAAUUUAAAAUGUAAAUAAAUCUGGUAGAAAAUGGAUUACCUAUAUUGGUUGUUGACCCAGAUGAUACAGCUAACACUGAGCAUGUAUUCUUAUCUACAAAGAGUGAACACAACCUUGCUGAUUGUCCGGGAGCACUCUAGCUUUUAAGUAUUUUUCAUGAGUUUCAAUGCAUACUAAAUUAUAAAGCUUUAAAAAAAAACACACGUGGGUUUCAUUUUUGAACCAAAUAAAUUCAUAUGUGCUUUUCUUAAGUAAUGAGUUAAUCAUUCAAAAUGUUAAUUGAAUGUGUUUUUUUUGGGGGGGGGGGGGGCUGAGAGAUUUUGAUCAUUAAUGUAGUAUUUAAAAAAACAAGGUUAAUAAAUUUAUAUAUAAAAUGUCUUUAUAUCUCAUUUAUAUAAUUAUUAAUUGCAUAUGUGUAAAUUUGAAAUUGUUUAUAAAGGAGUUAUGUUUAAAAACGUAUCUGCCAUAACUGAAAAGAACUUGAGGUAGGUCAAUAUAACGUAUGGAGAUCCUGUUCUUUCUCCAACAACAUCAUAAGCCUGUAAUGGCACUGCUAAUUAGAGUUGUGUUCUGAGAAAACUGGGCUUAAUGCAUGUGCGUCAAGUGUCGUCCCAGAUUAGCCUGUGCAGUCCGCACAGGCUAAUCAGGAAGGACACUCGCUUUUAUGACAUUUUUCAUUUAAAUGAAGUCUCUUCUUUGCAAAAAUCCAAUUUAGGCGGAAAGUGUCGUCCCCGAUUAGCCUGUGCGGACUGCACAGGCUAAUCUGGGACGACACGUUACGCACAUGCAUUAUGCCCAGUUUUCUCAGAACACUAAUAACAGACUAAUUUGACUGUGAACAAUGUUCUGUUUUUGUUUAUUUUCCAAGUUUGUUAACAGAAUUCUGUAAUAGUUUCUGAUCUAAGAUCAUGAAGUGUUUGUGUAUGUAAAUAUUCAGUAUUGUACAACUGUAUUUAAAUGUGUAAUUGUUUAUAAUUUUGUCUACCAGUCUUUGCUUGAUAUGUAUUUGUUUUAAUGGAUAAGUUUCAUAUUUUCUAAAUUAUCGAACAUUCAAAAAAAUAUGAAUACCACUUAAACAUUUAGUUGUGUUAACGUUUUGCUUAAGCUUUAAUUGUCCCCUACCGGUGAAACUUAUGGUUUGCACUCCGUCUGUCAGUCUGUCUGUCUGUCAGUCAGUCCAUCACACUUUUCUGAAUCCUGCGAUAACUUUAAAAGUUCUUAAUAUUUUUCAUGAAACUUGAAACAUGGAUAGAUGGCAAUAUGGAGAUUAUGCACGUCAUUUCAUUUUGUUCCUACGUCAAAAAUUAUGGUUGCUAUGGCAACAAAUAAAAAAAAAAAUAUGUUUACUAACAAUGGUGGAGUUUCACCGGUAGGGGACCAUAUUGCUUGGCAAUCUCUUGUUUCUUUUAUUCUCUUAAAUAUUCCAGGAAUUUAGAUCCAUAUUAAAAUGGGUUUGAUAUUUGAAUUUUCAGUAUUUUUUAUGUAAAAAUGUUUAUUUUAUGUGUUUCCAAAGUUAUAAAUGUGCAUAUAAAUGUAUUUAAUUUUGUGUUAAUGGUGCUUUAAAUAUUGUUCUCAGUACAACAGCUGUUUUUUGUUUGAAUUAUCACACAAGCUUUAUAAUUAAUGUCAUAUAUGUGCAGGUUGUUUGUAACCAAACAUAAAAUGUGUUGGUCAGUCUGCUGUAUGUAUCUCAUGUAUAUUUUUAUAUGAUGGGUACAAACUGAUUCCCAUUAAGGUAUUCAUGACAUAGUCAUAGGGAUUUAGCCCCCUUCCAUUUCUAUGCCCCAGUCUGUAAAACAAACUCUAAGUCAAACUUUAUUUUCCCUCUUUUUGUGGAUGUUCUUUUAAUUACACACACAUGUUUUAAUUGACUGUUGAUGAUUAUGAGAUUAACUUUCAGUAUUUCUUGGUAUAAGCAUCAAAUUAUAUUAAUAACUAGCAUACCUAAUGAGUAAAUGCUAAAUGAAUGCUUUACCUUUUCCAAUCUGGCUAAAUCCCUAUUUUCAAGAAAAUCUAAAGCUAUAUUUUUUAUCUUUUAGUGAAAAGCCAUAACUUUCCACAUAACAAUGCAAGCUCUUUGAGGCCUGUUAAAAACUAAAGACUUGCACAGCUGUAAUGUUGGUUGUAUUGAAACUGCACCAUGCAAGUCACAAUGUUUAUGACUAUAUACUAAGAUAAAGAUUUAUACGUUUUAACCUACUGAUUUUGAAUUAUAGGUGUUCAUAACCCUUUUAUACAAUUAAGUUGUGUUCUACAUAUUGUGUUGACAAAUAGUAAAUAUAUUUGUUAUAUUGAGUGACUUAUGCGUUGGUCUGGCUGAGCCAUCUGGUGGUAUUUAUUUGUGUGAGCUGUUUUGUCAGAAGUCCCUUUUAUAAAACUGUAGUAAAAUAUAACAUGUGAAAAUAAAUAUCUUACAAUUGCAUUUCUGUGUUACAACUUUUUGACAUAAUUUUACUUUGGUUAUUUGUCAAUUCAGUUAAUCAAUAAUAAUUUUUUUCUAAAGACAGGUCCAACAUUUAAACAGUUUUCCUUAUCAGUUGAACACUGCAUGAUAAAAGGGACUUGAAUAGAAGACUUAUGACAUUGGUUAUAUGUUUGAAUGAAGAAUUAUACAUAAUAAGUUGUAUUAACCAAAACUGUGCCAUGUCAUUGAAAUUCUUCCUUGUCAUCAACAUCACCAUCCCUGAUUGUAUUUACCAGUAUUUACACAUAACUGAGCCAAUGUGUAUUUUGUACUAUGCAUUUUGUUUGCAUUCUUUUGUGUAUAAAUGUUGCUUCUACAAGUAAAUUUAUAUACUAAUAACUAAUAUUGAGAUAAAUUCUAAGGUUCAGCAAUUUUGUUUUUGUAGAUCUUUAUUUUGUACAAUAUUUUGUCAAUAAAAUGGUAGACAUUUGUGUAA